AUCGGGAGACUCGGACCCCCUGGAGGCAGUACUAGGCUUCGGAGGCUGCGGCCUACCCAGGAGAGGAGCAGGGUGGAUGGCUGCCACCAUAACUACCUAUCCGGCUGCCACAUGUCGAUAUCAAGUGUCUGGGCCAGGGGGGUCAACCCGGUCCCCACUGGGACAAGCUCAAGCAACAAGAUGCCCAAAGCGCCCAGAACAAUCAGGGCCUACCUCAUGUACUGGCGGCGACCCAGGGCACAUCACCCACAGCGCUGGCACCACAGGGACCACAGGAGACCCAAUCUCGCCACCAAUCCUGGCGGAGAACAUCAAGGCGGGCUCAACAAGAAACCAAAAAGGGAAGGUGAAAGUGGACCACCCGCUACAAGACCUGAACACCGCAUCGAAAUGGCGCACCCAAAAUGGCGGGGUGCCAUUUUCCAUUUGA